CUUGGGGGAAGGCGGCGCUGGGGCGCGCAGGGAGGCCCGGCGCUCUCCGGGACAGAGUUCCCCGCUGGUACCGACAUUCAAAAGCCAGUUAGAGAUAAAUCAGGGACACAGCCGGCCGUCAUGGCCUCACGGAGGUGUAGGUGGCUCUUGAUUUGGUAAAUGUCUGCAAAACGCUUUCUUUGGAACAACAAAUGUUUCAGUUUUCUGAUCAGGCCACCUUUGUUUCUGUCCCGAACACCGAGGGAGGAAUUCCGUGUGGGAGGGUGGAAUUACACUUUGGAAUUACACUUUAGACCUGAGUAGAAGGGGCAGGAAGGUAAUAAGGAAACGAUUUCAUAGAAUCCUAGGCUGGCUCGGGUUGAAAGGACCUUAAGUCCCACCUCAUUCGACCCCUGCCAACACCUUCCACUAGACCAGGUGGGAUUCCAGGUAAUUUCCCGAGUCCAAGCUGGUUUCUGGGUGCUGCAAACAUAUUUUUUCCCUUUUUGCUGCACUUGAAGAAGUCAGGCAGGAUGCACUGAAGGACUGCAGAGACCCAGCAGAGGCUGAUGCUUCACGUAAUGCCUGGCUGGCCUCGGGAAUUCCAGCUUUCCUUGGGAAUUCCAGCUGGGUUGUUGCUCUCCUUCUCCUGCUCCCUGUUUGGAACGAGGAGCUCUGCCCAGUUGCUGCAUUCCCCCUGAGGAGUUUUUACUGCUUUCAGAGUUUGAAUUCACUUCUGUCUCCUCAGUGUGGGGGUUAAAUUCCCCCUGCCCUGGAAAGGUCAGAGCCUGUGUUCCCUGUGUUUGUUUUUAGAGGCAGCCCGGGGCUCGGCUGGCAUUGGACACUUGCUUGGAUCGCUGCCAGUUCCACAUUUAACUCGGGGCUGUCCUGAGGCAGCACCGAGGCAGCUCCAGCUCAGAGCCACUGCAAGUGAGCCCCUUCCUUUCUCAGGAAGACAGCUGAGAAAGGAAGGCUGAUGGAUUUCACCAGCACUGUCAUCAUCCCGCUGCUCUUCGGCAGCCUGGGGAUCUUCGCGCUCUUCCGGCUGCUGCAGUGGGUGCGCAUGCGAGCCUACCUGCAGGAGGCUGUGGUGGUGAUCACAGGGGCCACCUCUGGCCUGGGGAAAGAAUGUGCCAAAGCUUUCCAUGCAGCUGGCUCCAGGCUGGUGCUCUGUGGCAGAGACAGUGAGAAGCUGAAGGAGCUGGUGCAGGAGCUUUGUGCUGUGAAGAAUCACCGCAAGAACACACACGAGCCUCACACCGUGGUGUUUGACCUGUCAGACACCAAGGCUGUGGUGAAUGCAGCUGAGGAGAUCCUCAAGGCCUCGGGUCACGUGGACAUCCUGAUCAACAACGCUGGCAUCAGCUUCCGAGGCACCAUCGUGGACACAGGACUGCAUGUGGAUAAGAAAGUGAUGGAAACAAAUUACUUCGGACCUAUAGCCCUCACCAAAGCACUUCUCCCCUCCAUGAUCAAGAGGAGACAAGGCCACAUUGUGGCCAUCAGCAGCGUGCAAGGCAAAAUAAGCAUUCCUUUCAGAUCUGCAUAUGCUGCCUCUAAGCAUGCUACCCAGGCCUUCUUUGACUGUCUGCGAGCAGAGGUGGAGCAGUAUGACAUUGAAGUGACAGUUGUGAGCCCUGGGUACAUCCAGACCAACCUGUCCCUCAACGCUGUCACAGCGGACGGAUCUCGCUAUGGAGUUAUGGACAAGACCACGGCCGAGGGACAGACGGCGGCCGAGGUGGCUCAGGUGGUUCUCAAUGCAGUGGGACAGAAGAAGAAGGAAGUGCUUGUGGCUGGCCUGACCCCCUGCCUGGCUGUCUACCUGAGGAACCUCUGCCCCAGGCUUUUCUUCACCUUAAUGGCAUCUAGAGCAAAAAAGGAGAGAAAAGCAAAGGGCUCUUAGAGCUCAGCUGCCCUGAGCCCCUGCAGUUGGCUGGGACAUCACUGGAGGUGCUCCUGCAGGAAAAUCCUUUCUCAAAAAGCUGUUUACCAUUGCAUGGAGACUGGGAAGUGGUUUUCCCCACACUGCUGGAAGACAGCACCUAAACCUCAGCUGGAGAAGGAAGGGUGCUUGGACAAUGGGGGAGAGCUGAGGUGCAGGGGAGGGCUCAGGGGAACACUGCAGCCGGGGAGGCCCCUGCCUGGGAGACUCCUCACCUCACUGCAGCUCAGCUUUACUGGCCUGCUACAAAUAAAACCCACCUGUUCUGCCUUCACACGAGCAGACCUUGGCUGUCCCCACCCCUGUGAAAUACAGUCCUCAGCUGGGAGCUCUCGUGAUCAGUGUCUCAUUCCCACUCCUUCCAGUCUGAUCCAGGACAUGCUGCUUGCAGUGGGAAACUUCACAGCCUCUUCCUGUUAACGUGCCAAGUCAUCUGAUAAAUUAAGCUCAGUCCAAUGCCACUUUUAAAGAAGUAACUGAUGUACAA